CGCAGCCGAUUUUUCCCAGUGUUCACAUCGUAUAACGUGAGAGCGAACAAUAAUGAAUCCCUGAACUUUGUUCCAUAGGCGAGAUCCGAAUCGAAAAUGUUCGGCACUGCUGCUCUCCAAAACUGUACAGUGUUAUAUCCAAGUGAAGUUACAAGCAAUUCAAAACUUUGGUGAUCCUCCAUUGAGUUGGCAAGGCAGUACUCAAGUAUAAAUAACAAACCCCUCAAAUAUCUCUCCGAAUGUGCGUCUCUCUUUCUCCAUGAGGCUAUCAAUGGACCGAGAGCUGAACCGAUUAUG